AUGCUGACACGCCUCUUCGCCGGACAGGCGGCUCCGCAGCUCUUACCGCCGCCGCCGCCACAGUACAGGCCCCCAGCACCCGUAAGCCCCACAUUACCCGACAUGGGAUUCCACAAUAACCGUCUGCGUGAGAUUCAUCGAAAAGAUGAAUCUCACGCAGGGCACACCCCACCUCAACACACGUCUCGCACCAGCACUGAAGACUUCGUCAAGCAAGAAGAAACUCCCGAGACGAAGCGCAAGCGCAAGGAGACCAUCAAGAUGCAGACCCUUCAUAGUCAGCCUGUUGUCGACUCCGCCCGAGCUGCAGACAUGGGUCACAUCCACUUCAGCGAGACGUUUGAUGGUUUCAAAUACACGUCGUACAGCGCCAACAACCGCCAUCCACACCCCUACGAUAGCGGUGUGUUCCAUCCGUGGGUGCAAGCUCCUAACAACGGUGGUGCAUUCUACAACGACGGGAUGCCGGACUUUACGGACUUUGUCCAGUCUCUGUCUGGUGAUACCCUCGUGCCAAGUUCCUUCGUCCCAGGCCCCUUCGCUGUCGCUGAACCAACCUACCCUGGCGGUGCUGACCCCUUCACCCCUGCUUCCUUUGCUGUGGGAACUAGCAAUACCGAAGUGGCUGAUGGACGCGAUGCGGACUUCAAGCAAGAAGAUGCCGAGGACGAGUACACUGUGAGUGCUACCCCUGCCGAGGAGAGCGACUUCGCCGUAAGCGAGUCUGAAGAGGAGCGUCCUCGCAAGACCCCCAAGAUCAACAAGGAUGGCGCCCCUCGCAAGCCACGCCAGCCGCGUCCGAGGCUCCUGAAGUGGAGUGAUGAUGACUGGAAAAACGUGUGCCUCGGCAUUGUCUGGGCUUGUGGAGAGACUGGAGUCCAAAUCCCCUUUGACCAAGCUGCUCAGAUCGUUGGCGAGAAGUGUACCGCAGGCGCCUUGCAGCAGGCUCUCCUCAAGCUCCGAGGCAAGCAGAUUGCCGAAGGCCACCAGAUUCCAAAUCUCAAGAUGGCGUGGACGCGAAAGAACAAAUAUGCUGCGCCUGGCGCGAAGACAAAAGCAUCUCAAGAACCUGAAGCUAACAGACCCCGCAAGAAGCCAACUCGCAUGGAGGCCACCCAGUGUCUCAUCGUCACCCUACCGCGCGCCUACAGAGAUCAAGACCGUCAAGGUAUGAUCUGUCCUUACAAGUGGAAGAAGCCGCCGCGCAAGGCCAGGUCUAGCACGCUCCGAAGCUGUGCUAACAUGAAGCAAGAAGUUCCGCAAGACCAGCACGAUCUCGGUGCGUUUCCAUACACGGCUGGAGGUAUCCCGGGUGAUACCGCCAUCUACGACUACAUCAACGACCACGAGUACCUCCCGGCUACACCACUGAACGGCCGCCAGUUCUACAAUUCUCCACCAGUCACACCCUUCGGUCAGAAUACUGGAUACCUCCAGGGCAUGGUUAUCGGUGGUGAGGAGGUUGGAGAACUCCUCACCACCGAAGGUCUCCACGACCUCGGCAACGGCUUCGCCGAUGCCACUGACGACGUCUUCACCAUCUAG